AUGGAGAAUGUGCGCAAUCACGUCGAUGUGCGGCUUUUAACGAAAUGGGAAGGUAGAUUUGAUGCUGAGGCGAUGAUCGCGAAACCGAAUUUUCACAGUCGUAGCGUCUUUUCGGAGAAUCUGGUCGCGGUAGAAAUGCGCAAACUCGAGGUCAAGUUCAACAAACCAAUCUACGUGGGUAUGUGUAUUCUCGACAUAUCCAAGACUUGUUUGUAUGAAUUUCACCACGACUACAUGCUACCGUCUUUUCAAGAAAAGUGUAAAGUAAUGUACACCGAUACUGAUAGUCUUAUUUACCACAUCGAAUGCGACGAUGUUUAUGAAAUCAUGAAGCGUGACAUUAGGAAAUUUGAUACUAGCGAUUACGCGGCUGAUAAUGUGUACGGUAUUCCGCUCGCUAAUAAAAAGGUUCCAGAGAAUAACAAAUGUCAUGAUAUAACACACGAACACAUCAUUGAAUUUGAUAACGAACUUGAUUUUGUGCAAAAUAGUGUGAUUGCAAAUAAUACUUGUGACGAUCCUACACGUUUCUUGACUGAGGACAUUGAAACAGCAGAUACAGAAUCGUUAAAAAUUAAAGAAUAUUCUACAGUUGAUGAAUUACGUCGUUGGGCAGUUAAAUGUAACAUUAAACAUAAUCAUCUAGAUAAACUUUUAAGCAUAUUGAGAAAAGAUUUAAUACCUGAUUUACCGAAAUCUUCACAAACUUUUCUCGAAACAUCAAAGGCUACAUACAAAAUAAUAAACAUGGAAGAUCACAAUUCCAUGUACCCAAAUAGACAAUUUGUUUACUUCGGUAUAAAAACGGGCUUAAAACAAAAAAUCAAUAAAGAAUUUAGCCAAAAUAUUAUUCAGCUUUAA